AUGGAGAAAAAUGAAAUGUUGGAAGGGCUGGUCACCGGAAAGCCGGUUAUCAUCGAUGAGGCAGAGACCAGUGCUCGAUAUGGAGAUAGUACCGUCGGCUAUAAUCACAAUGGUUCAUCUUCUGUCACCGGUACUGUUAUCUUUAGCAGCUUAGCGGCAAUAUCAGGUGCAUAUGCAUUUGGAAAAGUGGGGUACUCAUCGCCGGCUAAAAGCGGCAUUACGGAGGACCUCGGCCUUUCUCUAGCUGAGAUGUAUUAUAUCUAUAAACAAGCAAUGGGGAUUUCAGAAGUUUUCUGCAUCACAGGGUGGCUUGCAAUAGUAUUCUCUAAGGAUGUUAGGUGGAUCGACUUGGGAAGACUUCUAAUUGGAUGUGGAUCCGGGAUUCUUUGUUAUGUGAAUUCCGUGCAUGUUGAAAAGCUGCAAUUAUUUUUGUUUUCAGGAGUCGUACCGUGUGUGCUGCAAUUGAUCGGAGUUUUCUUCAUUCCAGAUUCUCCAAGAUGGCUGGCCAAGACUAAUGAAACAAAAGAGAUUGAAGCCACCCUGCGACGCCUUCGGGGAGAAAAGGCCGAUAUCUCUCAAGAAGCUACUGAUAUAAGAUUGUACACAGAAUACAUGCGGCAGAUCUUGGAUGGAGGGCUUCGGAAUCUCUUCCAGAAGAGAUAUAUCAACCCAUUGAUUGUCGGAGUAGGACUCGUGGUGUUCCAACAAUUUGGAGGCCUAGUGGUUUUUCAUACUAUACAAGCUUUAUUUUCGAGUUUUCCGAACAAGGUCGGAUCCAUUCCGAUAGCUGUUCUUCAGUGGCUCUUCUCGGAGUACUCUUCAUCGAUAAGUCCAGAAGACGAUCAUUUCUGCUGGUUUUUCUGCUCGUUUUUUAUCUGGGCUGGGGGAGGGGGAAUUCCCUGGAUCGUAGUUUCCGAGAUAUUUCCUAUAAACAUAAAGGGUUCAGGAGGAAGUCUGGUGAAUUUACUAAACUGGGCAAGUUCUUGGGUUGUUUCAUACACUUCCACUUUUCUCUUUGAAUGCAACUCAGCUGGAACAUUCUUCAUCUUUGCCUUCAUCAGUGUUGUUGCAAUUAUAUUAAUCGGAAAGCUAGUUCCGGAGACCAAGGGAAGAACACUCGAGGAACUACAACAACAUCAAUGA